GGCAAUGCCUUAGAAUUUUGUUUUUCUACAGUGACGGUUUUUUCAAAGUUUUCAGAAUCACAAUCAGAAUUACAAAACUGGUUAAGCAAGAAUAGAAGCAAACAAACCGCCGAUUUAAAUGUUGAUGAUGAUUUAGAAUCACAAUCAGAAUUACAACAAAACUUGUCAACCAGAAGCAAUCAACAAACUGUCGAUCCAACUGAUGAUGAUUUAGAAACUAAAAAUUUUCGCCGAUUUGUUAUUAAAAAACUAAUAGCUUUGGAGAUGAAACUUAAUAUCAUCCAAAGAUAUGAAAAGUUUAAUUUACAAAGACAACCCGUUUAUAUGGAUACAGAAGAAAAUCAAGUCGAUAUUUUCCAAAACCUACCACUUAAAAAUGAAAAUGAACUUGAAGCAAUGGAAAAGAAGUUAAACGACGACUCAACUUAUAGAAAACAUAUGAUUAAACAAUUUGCCCGAAUUCUAUGCCAAGAUAUGAAAACUUCAUGCAUUCGGCUUAUGAGGCAGAUUUUCUCAAACGAGUUGGCAAUGAAGUACAGUUGGUACGGAGUAAAGAAGAAAAGUAUUUUCUCAAAUCUACAAUUGUGUAAAAUAAUAAUGUGUGUGAUAAGAAACUCUCAUGCAAAUGUAACAGAUGAUCAAAUAUCUGCUCCAAUAAAAAUUUGGUUGGCUCAUGCAAAAGAGCGUGCUGCAAAAGAAGCUGCAAGAGAAACUGCAAAAGAAGCUGCAACAAAUGAUAUUUAAUAUAUUUUGAUAGUUAUCAAUCAGUGGCGUAACGGUUUUGGCUGUGAUUGCCCCGCAAAAAAUAUCCCCCCCCCCCCUACACACACACACACACACUCAUACGCGCGCGCACACACACAUACACAGUUGUCAUAAGCUAAUAAGUAUCAUUUUGUUUUUAGUCUGAAUUUUUGUUUCAGCAAAGUUUUAAUUUUUAUUGAUUAAAAAUAUAUGG